ACUUGCUCACGGGCUGAAUAUGCGAAUAUAUGCAACAAAACAAACGCUUAAAACACUCACGAGAUCAAAUAUUGGCCGAAACCCACACAGAGAAAGAGGGAGAGAAGGUCUGUUACCACGCAAUGUAUCCUCCUCCUUCUCUUGCUGCUCUUCUCCUUCUUCCUCUGCUGAUUUUAGCUUCUUGCUUGACUCAAGAAGCUUCCAGCCGCCGGCCACCCGUAGGAAGAUCCGAUCUUUCUUCUCGGAUCACCGUCGUCGGGGUUGUCUACUGCGACACGUGUUCCAGCAACACUUUCUCCAGACAGAGCUACUUCUUGCAAGGUGUGGAAGUUCAUGUCUCUUGCAAAUUCAAAGCGAACUCGCCAGAAACAGCAGAGGAAAUGAACAUAUCUGUGAACAGAACAACCAACAGAAGUGGGGUUUACAAAGUGGAAAUACCUCACGUCGAUGGCGUCGACUGCGUCGACGGAAUCGCCAUAGCUUCUCAGUGCCAAGCUCGGCUUCUCGGCACUUCCGACAGAGCCUGCAACAUCCCAGUCUUCCAGACCUCGACCAACGAAAUCUCUGUCAAAUCCAAGCAAGACAAGCUGUGCAUCUACAGCUUGACCGCCCUGAGUUACAAACCCUCGAAGCCCAACACCACCCUGUGCUCCGGCGGCCGCGGCGGCGGAGGACGGAGGAGCAACCGCCGCGAUAACCCGUUACGUGAAUCGAAGCUCUUUUGGCCUUACCUUCCUCCGUACUGGUUCCCAUGGCCGUACCCGACUCUGCCUCCCUUGCCGUCUCUGCCGUUCCCGUCGCUUCCGUUCGGAAACCCUCCGGCGACUAUCCCGGCUUUCGAUUGGAGAGAUCCGGCAACUUGGAUUCCUUAUCUUCCUCGUUUUCCUCCGCCCAGGAACCAAACGCCAUGACCUACGCUCUGCCCUCUGCACUGUUUGUGAUUGUGUGUGUGAUCUUUUUAGUGGCUGCUUGAUUCCUUUCUGGUUUCUGGUUGCUCCAAGUGUGUGAUUAGCGAUUUCUAAGUUUGCUUAAUGUGUAAUUAUUAUUUAAUUACAGAUUAUUUGCUCUCAAGCUGUUUGAUUUCGGAAUCUACUAUUAUAAUAAAAGACCUAGACAUUGUCAUU